GGUAUACACAAGACAAGCCACAAGUAGCUUGUCUUGCAUUGUUAAGAUCACCUGUCUCUUAUUGUUUGCGCAGAGGAUGGCUGAAGAAGAAGAUAUAAUGGAAGAUGCAUUGACUUGUGGGAUCUGCUCUGAGGAAUACCAAGCUGGUACCCGGGAGCCCGUCACAUUACACUGUGGUCACACCUUCUGCCGGCACUGCCUUCUCACUCUGGAGAAAACCGGAGGUCUGCCCUGUCCUGCCUGCCGUAAGCUUCACGCCGCAGCACAGUCUCCUGUCUUCCUCCCAGCUACACUAUACUCGCUGUCCUUGACACUUACUCCACUACUACCCAGGUUAAGGAGUGUGUUAAUCACAAGGAGCCGCUGGGGUACUGGUGCCGGGAGUGUGAGAGACUUGCAUGUGGUUUAUGCAUCUUCGAGAGUCAUAAAGAUGACAACCACACCAUUAUAUCAUCAAGAGUCAUCCUCCAAGAGAAGAAACAAUGGCUGCAAGAGGAAACCAGUAAGCUUAGUAAAAUGUUAGAAGCUCAGCUUGUGAUUAGUGUUAGAAAGUCGGUUAGCGAUUUACUCAGCUUGUUACAGAAAACUUCAAAGUAACCAAA